AGCCUGGGAGGCGGCAACAUGGGGAGUUCUCGAGAGCAGAGAUUUCAGACUUGAGUAUGGAGAUGUAUGACGUCCUUGGAAAAGUGGGAGAGGGAAGCUACGGAAUGGUAAUGAAAUGUAAACACAAGGAAACUGGUCAUAUAGUUGCCAUUAAGAUGUUUUAUGAGAAGCCAGAAAAAUCUGUCAACAAAAUUGCAAUGAGGGAGAUAAAGUUCCUAAAGCAAUUCCGUCAUGAAAACUUGGUCAACCUGAUUGAAGUCUUUAGACUGAAAAAGAGAAUUCAUAUAGUGUUUGAAUUCAUUGACCAUACCAUUUUAGAUGAAUUGCAGCAUUACUCUCAUGGACUGGAGAACAGAAAACUUAAAAGGUAUCUCUUCCAGAUUCUUCGAGCUGUUGACUAUCUCCACAGCAAUAAUGUCAUUCAUCGUGAUAUCAAGCCAGAGAAUAUUUUAGUUUCACAGACUGGAAUUACUAAACUUUGUGAUUUUGGAUUUGCUCGGACUUUAGCAGCCCCGGGUGAUAUUUAUACUGACUAUGUGGCCACGAGGUGGUACAGAGCUCCAGAGCUGGUACUGAAGGAUACUACAUAUGGGAAACCUGUGGACAUCUGGGCUUUAGGUUGUAUGAUCAUCGAGAUGGCCACUGGCAAUCCCUUUCUGCCUAGCAGCUCUGACCUAGACCUACUUCAUAAAAUUGUGACCAAAGUAGGCAACUUGACACCUCAUCUUCAGAGUAUUUUUAUAAGGAGUCCAGUUUUUUCCGGAAUGGUCCUCCCUGAAGUUCAGCACCCUAAAUGUGCAAGGAAAAAGUAUCCCAAGCUCAAUGGACUACUUGCAGAUAUGGUUCAUGCUUGUUUGCAAAUGGACCCUGCAGAUAGGAUUUCCUCUGCUGAUUUGCUGCAGCAUGAAUAUUUCACCAGAGAUGGGUUUGUUGAAAAAUUCUUACCAGAACUGAAUGCCAAAUUGCUACAAGAAACAAAACAGAGUUGUCUGUCCAAGUUCAGAGACAACAAUAAAGAGACUGAACAAAUCAAAGAUGAAAAGAGAGCAGCUCAUAUUAAUGUGCCUCAAAAUGGCCCAGUUGGGAAGGAUACUGAAAAGGACAAAAAGGCAAAGGAGAUAAAGGUCAAAGGCAUCAAAAUGAAAGGGGUAAAAUCUGAACUCUCAGAGAUGAAAAAGACUGAACAAGAAGAUACAACUUUUCAGUGGGUUGCUGUGUCUCAGAAUGCUCUAAACCUUCCUCAUGAAAGCAAACCCACAAGCAAUGACGGAACUGCUCUGCCAGCACCUGGCACUGAUGUUGGUGGUGCAAAGGAAGAUUCUGUACAAGCUUCGUCUAUGACAAUGCCUCGCAUUCACCAAAAUUGUGGAAAUCUUACCACAAACUUCAGCUCACACUAUCUGUGUUCUAACUCAAGACUAGAUAAAGCAAAGAAAAGGCGAAGUCCUUGGCCAUCAGUGGGACAAGUAGGUUCUAAUAACCGUCAAGAGGAAGGGGGCAUAAGUCAAAACCCAAUAGAGAAAGUCUCCCUGUAUGAAAGAGCUGCUCAGAUUGAUCAAAUGGUCAACAUAAACAGAAAGAAGCGCAAUAUUUCAAGAUGCGAGAAGAGAGAUAUUCACUUUCCGGAACUGACAACAACUGGGCAACAAAAAGAGCUGAAAGGAAUGGAAAACCAAGAGCUGAUCAACACUCUCAAGAUGUGUUCAAAUGCAUAUAAAAGAGGAGCUACUGCACUCUGGAGAUAUAAUACUCAGGAGAUGUACUCAAUGAACUCACCACAUUCUUGUCAGGUGUAG